AUGGACAGAAGUUGGAUGUACCUGAAUGAUAGACUUAUGUCAACAGAGUAUGCUGAAGGGGUUGAACAAUUCCUAACAGUAGCUCGCGCGAACGCAACGAGCACUAACCGCACCCGUUGUCCUUGUCGUUCAUGCUAUAAUAAUAUCUUCCUCCCUAUACCUGAGGUGGAAACCCACUUGUACCUAAAUGGGAUUAAUCCAAAUUACAACCCUUGGAUAUUUCAUGGGGAAGACGAGAUUCUGGAUGUUAGUGAUGACAAUCAGUCCUCAUCACCUACUGAUGAAGAUGAACAUAUUGAUGACAUGGAGCAGAUGUUAGAUGACAUUAGGGAAGGCACGCUCAUGGAUACGUUAGACGAUUUUUCCGAACCUAGAAGUCAGCCACCUAUAGGCGAGCCAACCCCUUCAUUCUCAUUUGACAAACUAUUAGAUGACGCACGACGUCCACUUUACCAGGGGUGUAAACAGUUUUCAAAGCUCUCCUUCAUUGUGAAGUUGCUUCAUAUUAAAUCCAUUGGUGGUUGGUCGAUAAAGUCCUUUGAUCUUCUCCUGAAGUUGUUGAGGUCUGCAUUUCCAGAUGCUCAUUUCCCUCGUUCUUAUGAAGAGUCACGGUCAUUGAAGCGGGGUUUAGGAUUCAAAUACCACAAAAUACAUGCUUGUCCUAAUGAUUGCGUGUUAUUUUGGAAGGAAAAUGAAGAUAUGAAUGAGUGUCCAAAAUGCAAGGCCCCUCGGUGGUUGCCCAAUACAUAUAGAAACCGUUUAAUCCCUCAGAAGGUGUUGCGUCAUUUUCCUUUGAAGCCGAGGUUGCAACGACUAUAUAUGUCAGCUAAGAUUUCAGCCCAUAUGAGAUGGCAUAAAGAGCAACGAGCUAGUGAUGGUUCAACUAUGAGGCAUCCAGCCGAUUCAGUCGUUUGGACUACUUUCGAUAAUGAUCAUAGUUGGUUUGCUGCAGAUGCUCGCAAUGUUAGGCUUGGUUUAGCGAGUGAUGGUUUCAAUCCUUUCAACAACCUUGCAAAACCGUAUAGUAUCUGGCCCGUUAUCCUCUUGCCGUAUAACUUGCCUCCGUGGUUCUGCAUGAAAGAGCAAUUUUUCAUCACGUCUCUCAUUAUUCCUGGCCCAAAAUCACCUGGUAAUGAGAUUGAUGUAUACUUGCAGCCCUUGGUAGAUGAAUUGAAUGAGCUUUGGGAGAAUGGGGUGCAUACAUAUGAUGCAUACAAGAAGGAAACUUUUAGAUUGCAUGCAGUUUUAUUGUGGACAAUAAACGAUUUUCCUGCAUAUGGAAACCUAUCGGGCUGGUCAACUAAAGGGAAAUUGGCUUGUCCUUCAUGCAAUGCUAAUACAGAUUCUAUGUGGUUGACCUUUGGCCGUAAGCAUUGCUACAUGGGACAUCGUCGUUUUUUACCAUCAAAUCACGUAUGGCGAAAGAAAAAAUCUUGUUUCAACGGAAAGGAUGAUCAUCGCAUGCCGCCAGGGUUAUUAUCAGGACUGGAUAUUCUCCAUCAACUCAGUCUUCUUAGGGAUGUGGAAUUUGGCAAAGGUCAGAAGAAGAGAAAGCGGACUGCUGAAGAAUUAAAUUGGACCAAGAGAAGCAUUUUCUACAACUUACCAUAUUGGUCCUCACUUCAGCUUCGGCAUAAUCUUGACGUAAUGCAUAUUGAAAAAAAUAUUUGUGACAACAUACUCGGCACCCUAAUGAACAUUCCUGGAAAAAGUAAAGAUAAUAUUAACUCUCGCCGUGACCUUGCAAAUUUGGGUAUACGAAAGGAACUUCAUUUGAUGCAUCAAGGUGACCGGUGUGUAAUGCCGCAUGCAUGUUUUACACUAAAUGGCGAUGAGAGGAAAAUUUUUUGUGAGUGGUUGGCUGAUGUGAAAUUUCCAGAUGGGUUCGCGGCAAAUAUUUCAAGAUGUGUAAAUGUUCGUGAUUGCAAAAUAGUAGGGAUGAAAAGUCAUGACUGUCACGUUUUCUUGCAGAGACUACUCCCUAUUGCAGUUGGGGGGUGUUUGCGAGACGAUGUUGCUUUGCCCUUGAUAGAGCUUAGUCAGUUCUUCAAAGAGAUUUGCGCACGAACUCUAAGUGUGGAUUGUUUGUCAAGGCUCGAAAGUGAUAUUGUCCUCAUUUUAUGCAAGUUGGAGAUGAUUUUUCCUCCGUCAUUUUUCGAUAUCAUGGUCCACCUAGCUCUCCAUUUGCCCCGUGAGGCGAUGCUUGCCGGACCAGUUCAAUAUAGAUGGAUGUACCCAUUUGAGCGGUUUCUCGGAAGAUUCAAGCGGUAUGUUAAGAAUAAGGCUCGUCCAGAAGGAUCAAUAGCGGAAGCAUACAUUCAUCGAGAAUGCUUGACAUUUUGCUCGAUGUAUCUCGAUGAUAUUGAGACGAGAUUCAACAGACCAGACCGCAACAUUGAUGCGGUUGAGGAUGAUAGGAUAGAUAGAUUUAGCAUUUUCACACAGAAGGUCCGUACCAUGGGUGUGGCAUCACCUAUUCAAUUAGAUCCAAUAUUAUUGACUUCAGCUUGUUGGUACGUGCUUAACAACUGCACCGAGAUUGCUGCCUAUAUAGAUGAGCACUAUCAAAUAUGUAAGGAAAAGAAUCCAAUGCAUGCCGAUGGAACGCAUCGAGUAGAGUUCCCAUCAUGGUUCAAGAAACGUGUUCAAACUAUGCGUGAAGAUACCCCUACUGAAGUAGUCGAUGAUCUAUAUGCCUUAGCUUGUGGCCCUGAAUCUCAGAUUAGAUCGUACGCUGCGUGCAUCGUGAAUGGUAAAAGGUUCCACACAAAGCAUCGAGAACAACGUCGCCGCAUUCAAAAUUCUGGUAUUUUUGUAACUGGUGAUGAGCAAGCAAAUAAUUUGGAGUUCUAUGGUGUUCUAAAUGAUGUUGUAGAGUUACAUUAUAUGGGAUGGUGUCGAGUGUACUUGUUCCGAUGUGACUGGUUCGACGUUGGCGAUCGAAGACAAGGUGUUUGA